GCUUCCCCUCCGCUUUCCAUCACCAGCAAGCACCCGUUCCUUUUCCUCGCACACGAUCCUUAUUUCUUUGGCUUCCUCUCUACUCUCUCCAUUCUGGCGACCAAACCAAAUGCGUGAUAUUUCGUCUUGAGCCGGUUUUGGGUUCAAGCUGAUCCUCGGCUUGCCAGUCUCGUCUCCGGUUGUUCUCUGGUGGUUCUCCGUAAGCUCGGCGGGCCACACCCAGUAUUCGGGGGCCAUGGCGAGGGCGGCUGUUGAUCUGUGGAGGCUAGGGUCAGGGCUUUCUGGUCGCCAAGGAUUUGCGGCCCUCGCUUUCUCUAGGCCCUUCUCAGCCGCAGCUGCGUCACCUCCCGGCAGCAACGCCAAGGCGGACGAGCUACAAUCAGCAGCGUCGCCCUCCAAGCCGAGGAAGAUCCAGUGCUGGAAGCCGGAUCCCGUGUCCGGGGUGUGGGUGCCUGAGGACUCGUUCGGGUUCGUGGAGUCUGCAACCACGGAGACCCCGCAGAAGAGGAAGCGCAGCUGGCUGGGGGCGUCCAUGGACGAGCGCGCGUGGUGGUCGUCGCUGGAAGAGCUGCCAGAGGAUCGCAUGCAGCCCACGUUCAAAUGACUGCACUGCUGCGGGGGAGGGGAGGGGUUUACUUUUUCGGAGACUGGCUGGUGUGCGGGGACGGAUGUGGCUGCUGGUUGCCUCAUCCUCCGUUUCUUGUUAAUAUUUGCCUGAUGUUCGUGGGUUAACCCAUUGAAACCUGUACUCAUAUCUUCAGUUCAUGGAAUAAAAGGUUAUGGCUAGAUUGAGGUGUUGGCGUGGACAUCUGAACCCUGUUGUAUGAAAUUGAUACUACAAGGAUUCAACAUGA